GAUAACAAUUGGAAUUUAGCAAUAACUUUAUCAUCAAGACAAAAGCAAUGAAGCCAGGUGGAACGUUUGCAUUGAAUCCCCAUGCAGCAUCAUACGUACCACUCUCCAAAAGAGUGGAUGAUAUGGAUGGUUUGGCCACACGUAGCAUGCAGGGACGAGAGCAGAUAUUCAUGCCCAAGACAUCCUCUGAAAUGGCAUACAAGCAGAUAAGGGAUGAUGAUGAUUUGGAUAUGGAGAUGGAUAUAGACAUGGACAUUGAAUACCUUCUGGUUACAUUCUCUGGUCUCUCACAAGAGUCUAUAACUGAUGUUUACCUGGCCAAUAGCGGUGAUCUUGAAGCAACCAUUGAGAUGCUGAAUCAGCUUGAGAUAUACAGCACUGAAGCUCAAGAACACCUCCCAGAGACGUUGGAUAUUGGGGAUCUCUGUGAAUCAGGGCCAUCAAGCUCAAAGGCGUCAACACAAAAGAAGGCAGCUACAGAAAUCGCUGUAUCGUCACCAUCGGUGGUUAUUCCUAAUGCAACUGUAUCAGCCUGAUCUGAUAUAUCCUUUGUUGUGAAGUUUUUAUGUAUUUUAUUUUCGGUUGCACACCCAUAAUAAGGACAGGUAAUGGGGUGUGUUGUAUCAAUGAAGUUGAUUGUAAUCUUUAGGGUAAAUGAUAUUGAGAGUGAUUAAGUGAUGGUUAAAUGUAUAGUUUUGGAAGUGGAAAUCUGACUGAUGUGUUUGUUGGUUGGCGGCUAGUCUAGUCUUUUUUUCCUUUUUUUUGCAACUCCACUUCUUAUGAAUUGUAUAGUCUGAAAUGUUUUUAACCUGUAUAUUGCCAUUUUAUUUGUUAUAUGAAAUUAUGUAAUCAUUGUAAGUUCUAACGCAAAAAUAUAGCAAAUAAAAAGAAACAAAUAUAAUUGUAUAGCAACUAUAUGUAACCUUAAUACAAUAUGUAAAACUCUCCAAAUCCAUUGUUGCAAAGCAGAGAGCAUACGUCAUUUUCUUCUUCUUUUUAAGAAAAAAGGGAAACUCAAAAGUGUAUAAAAGGAAUUUUAUUUUAAAGUUGGACUAUUCCGAGCUUUGCAUACUACGAUGGCUACAAAGAGAUUAGUGAAACAAAAGGAAACUACAGAUACAGAGAACACUAUUAACAGAGAUUUUAAAAUCCUCUGUUUCGACAGGUUCGGAUUAUAGUACUUUCAAUAUUAAAGGUACUUUAAGAAAAUUUAGUUCUAAGUUCAAGAUUAAAUUCAAACUGGUUAUUACUUUAGGUAUUGAAUUACACAGUCAAAUAGUUUAUGUAUCGAUUAGACGAGUUGAUCAUAGGUAGGUAGGUAUACCAAUUUCAAUAGUUUGAUAGUACUCAAUAAUACACACACAAAAAUAUAUAGUAUAUGCAUAUAGCAUAUCCAUGUUUGUAAACAAAUAAAUAUAUCAGAAUUGAAUACCCAAAUUCUUAUCCUCAUUUCUCUGGAGUCUGGAUCAAUGUUAUUUUCUAGAAAAAAAUUAUUUAAACACACAGAAUUCUACAAAAUAGUUACUAGUUAUUAUCAAAAACAUUUAAAAUAAUACCACACAUUCAUUUUUGGAAAGAAACAACAAAAUUAAUCUUUUGUAAAAUUUAUUCUUUUUAUUCAUGAUCCUAAAAUUUUUGUGAAUAAAUAAAUGUAUGAAAUUUUCUAUUUCAUUGAUAAUUUCAGUUUUUACUCCAUUUUAUAUUCCGUAAAUAAUUAUUUCUUCUAUUCAUAAUAUUUCUCAUAGGAAGAACCACUUACACCCAGUAAUAGCACACCUUUAUUAAUCUUUGUAAAUCAUACGAUCUCCAAAAUCCAAUAUAUAGUAAUAAAAACGAUAACAUUUCUUCAGCCUUCUCAUACAAGAAAUAGAUAUAAGCAAGACAUUUCUGUUUUAUAUAAAACCCUACAACAUAACAACUCACUCGGUAUAUAAAUCAUCUCAUUUCAAAAGCACCAGAGAUAAAAAUUACUCUUUUAGAAAAACCCCACACUCCUUAUACGAAAAAAACCUU